CAAAAUUUAUUGUUCUUAGUUGGUUGAAAAUGUGACGUUGAUGUUCUCGUUGUUAUCAUCGAAGCCACAGUGUAAAAAUCGCACUGUUCUUCCUUCCUUCCUUGUCUCCAUCAACCAUUGCUGUGUUCCGCUUUUCCCUUUUCACGUCAUUCCCCACACUCUCUUCGAUCUCAUCGCCACCAAAACCCCUUAUAUUCUCACCGACCCACUUCGCCAUUUCCAUCAUUUUGUGUAGAUCACUGUGCCAUUUGAGCUCUUAAACAGGAAAAAUCCGUUUUUGAUUCGUGGGGUUUGUUCCAAAUGGCGUCUUUCACGAUCCCUUGCCCCAAGUGCCUUUCUUUUGCUCAUUUGGGAUUAAAUUCUCAAACCCUGCAACAGAACAUGCAUACCGUCUCGUGUCAGAGCAGGUUGGGGUUGAAGAAGUCCCUUUCAUUUGGAUCUUUGAGUUGUGAUUCAGCACCAACUGGGAUUCAGUGCCUUAACAGGAAGCAAUUUUCUGUCUGGAAAGCACAACCUAAUGAGGCUGCCACUGUUGAAAGUUCUUCAAAUUCUGCCCCGGUGCUGGUUAAAGCUCCUUCACCAAAAGAGAGAGAUGACCAAAAUGGAAAACCCUCUGGUCCAAGCACUUCUACAGAUGCAUCUUCAAUUUCUACAUUUAUGAAUCAAGUUUCAGAACUUGUUAAACUUGUGGAUUCUAGAGAUAUUAUGGAGCUGCAUCUUAAGCAAGCAGACUAUGAGCUCAUGAUAAGAAAAAAGGAAGCUUUGCAGCCUCCACCAGCUCCACUUUCUCAACCAUAUCCCUAUCCUGCACAUCCUUAUCUGCCUGCACCACCACCACCACCAGUUGCUAGUUCUGCUCCUGCAAGUCCUCCACCUUCAAAAGCAGCUCUUGCCUUACCUUCACCUGGAAAAACCAGCGCAUCGUCUCAUCCACCACUGAAAUGUCCAAUGGCAGGAACCUUCUAUCGGUGUCCAGGACCUGGUGAACCACCAUUUGUAAAGGUGGGAGAUAAAGUGCAGAAAGGGCAGGUUAUUUGCAUUAUUGAGGCUAUGAAACUGAUGAAUGAAAUUGAGGCUGAUCAGUCAGGAACAGUAGCUGAGAUACUAGUAGAGGAUGGGAAAUCAGUCAGUGUGGACAUGCCUCUUUUUGUAAUUGUACCAUGAGUACCGGCAGGGACCUUUGAAGUUGAUGGAAACUUCCCAUGUCACAAGAUUGUGAUAAUGGCACAAGAUUUUCAUCAUUCAGAAAGUUCUUGUGCCAUAAUGUUUGUCCCAUUCUAUUAAAUCCUUCUUCUCUAUUUGUUUAAGAGACAUUUUAGACAUAAAAGCCCCAGCAUGUCUGAAGGAACAUUGGAAUUUGUAAUUUUAACAGUAUUAGUAUUUGUAGUCUAAAAGUUUUGUGCUUUUGGUUUCUGAACGGUUCCUCAUUCGUGUAUGAACCUGCUGGCUGGUUUUACAAACAUUUGUUAUGGCAUGUUUAUGUUGGGGUUAAAGAUGUGUUAAAAUUAAAACAAUCUUUUUUUUUUUUGAGUUAAUCCAACUCUAAUUAUCUCUGAG